GACUACAGAACUGCAUGAGCCUUUUAGUUUUAGGCAAAUCAAACAAUUCUUUAGCGAAUUUAAAACUUAAAAUGGAGAAAGAGAAUGAAGAAAAGAAGGAAUUUGAUAAAAUAGUAUUCUCAGAUCAUGACGAAGAACUUUAUAGCAGCAGGGAAGCCAAAACAGACCCCUCUAUUGAAGAACCAGCCACCUGUGGGUCAGAACACACAACCGCUCUCAAAACCAACUCUGUGCACGCGCUGUCACAUGGUCAGAGUGUUGUUUUUGAGACUGAAAGGAGCAACAGUGGUCGAUAUUUGGGGUUAAACCUCGACACCCCAAAGACAGAGAGCCCCACGCAGGAGGGAGACGGUUCUACUACUGCUGCCGAAGGUACAGACGACAAAAAAGACCAAUACGAAGAUUCCCUCCAAGAGCUGAGCACACAGAGAGACGAGGCCCGCCGACUAAACAGGCAGCUGCAGAUGAAGCUGGCUCAAUACUUCCACAACACAGCCAUUGAUGGGGGCCAGCUGGGGAGAGGCAGGCCUGAGGAGGAGCAGCUGCGGGAGUAUGAGCGGUCCGUCCAGGUCCUGUCUGAGCUGAAGCAGCGGCUCAGCACUGCUUCACAGACGGCCCAGCAGCAGGCGGAGGAGCUCAGGUCACAGGCCCGCGACAAGCUGGCCAAGGUGGAGGCAGAGUGGGAGGCGUUCCUGGCGCUGAAGCGGGAUGCUGCGUUGGUGGCGCUGAGCCCCCGCCUGGGGUCGGACCUGGCCCGGUCCAAAGUGCAGGCGGUGCUGACAGCAGAGCAGCUCCGGCAGAACCAACUGACCAGGCUGCGUCUGAAGCACUUCUCGCUGAGGUCCAGGAUCCAGAGGCUGGAGGCGGAGCUCCGUGGCCAGCACCCCCAGCGGGUCCAGUUGGAGGAGCUGCAGGCCAGCAUGCUGGAGAGGAAGAAACAGGCGGGAAGGGAAAGAGAAGAAUCCCUAAAGCUGCAGAGGAGGAUCAGCAGCAGCCUGGAGGUCCUGUCAAACGUCAGAGAGAAGCUGCUCUGGAGCCAGGUGGAGGUCCGGGCCAAGCGACAGCAGCUGGCUGAGGUGGAGGUCCUGGUGGCGGAGAGGAGGGACGUCCUGACCCAAACCAGGCUGGAGCGGAACCGCCUGCAGAGAGCCAACGGCAGAAUGAACCAGCGCCGUGGGCUGCUGGGGGACUGUGACCUGCUGCUGGACUUGGAGCAGACACUGGACGCCUCACAGCUUUUAGAGAAACAUCUGGAGGAGCUGAGGCUCAGGAAGGCUGAGGUUACCUCCAGGUGUGGGGCGGGGAGGGGAAAACCACAGUCAUUUCAUUUCUAAGCUUUUUUUUUUUUAACCUUUUUCUUUGUUAUUCCCUUUUUGCUUCCUUCAUUCCUUUCUUUUACUACCCAUCAUCUUCUUUCCUUUUUCCUCAUGUAGUUUUAAGAUCUGGACAAUAUGGCUGAAAAAUGCAUCACAAUAUAAGCGUUUCAUGUCAGUUGAUAUCAAUGAUUAUUAGUUUUUUUAUUUUAAAUAUCUGAAAAACUCUAAACGUUCCUGUUUCAUCCACAGUUUUCACUUCAUUCUGUAGUUUUGUUUUGUUUUUUUAAGCAGUAAUGAGUGACUGUGGCAAAACCUGAAACUGCUGCUGACAAGUUACUGGCAGGUAACCAACGAGCAAGUUGGUUACCUGAAGCCACCAACCCUCCUUAGCCAGGCAAAGCCUUUCCUCUGCCUAUAUCCCCCAGAAUGCUGUGCGGUGUUGGAUUGGAGUUCAGUGAAUAUUCUAUCAGAUGUGUUAUCUCUUGAUAUUGAUCACAUGUCUAUUGCAAUAUAUGUUGUUGACGAUGUAUAUUGUUUAGCUGUUUUUUUAAUCCCUUGUCCUUACUUUUUUUUCUUUUUUCUCUACUACCAUUUGCCAUUUCUUUUUCCUCUCUAUGUGUAGUUUUUGU